AUGGAGAAAAAAUCUACCUCAUGUCAUGACGGAGCGGUGAGCUGGUACGUUCAAGUGUGCAGAUUGGCUGUGGCUGUGGCCAUUAUUAAGACCAAACCAUCAGAAGGUGUCAGGCAGUUCACUCAAUCUUUGGCCAAAACACUCAAACAGCAGGACGAAGGCUGGAAAUCUAAAGCUUGUGAUCUUCAUAAAGAUGUUCUGCGAUUGAGACAAGAGCUGCUGAUCUCACGUUUACUACUGAAGGCUGGGAGCCGUGCCACCGGCGCCGGGACACCAAAUGGUCAGGAAGUUGUCGAAGUGCUCACUCACAAUGACGCACAACAGUCAAAAAGCGACUCCGGCUGUGAAACUGAUAUGAGCUCGCACAACGCAGAAGGCCCAUCUUUACCUCUGACCCCUCCAAACAGUCAGAAUUUCCUUCUUCAGGGCAGCAAAUGGCGCCAGGACUGUGGGCUGGUAAAGCACAUGCAGUUUUUGCAGUGUCUGAGCGGUUUGCGCAGAGAUUAUAAGUCUGCGUUGUGCGUAGAUGAUGAUGAUUUGGUCUGGGACUCAGUGGUGCAGUUGCUGGAUUGUGUACUGGAUGUUUUCAGACGGGCACAUUUUGGACAGCCCGUGCAUCACCCAGAGCUGCUGCGUCACGCCACACAGGUGGUGGCACAGACCCUGAGUCGAGGAAAAAUAGAUCAGAGGCCUUCAGUUCAGCAUUUCAGCAGAGUAGAAGAUCUUUUGAAGGAGAUGAUCUGUCUACUGCUAACCAGCCAUCAGAUUAAUGAGUUUUCAGUGAAGGUCCUGCUGUCUGAAUGUCUUAUUGCUCUGGGAAAAAGUCGUGUCAUGAGAGUCGCUCUUGUUCAGUUCCUCAUGGCACAGAUUGUUCAGCUGUCACAACACCUGUGGGACAUCUGUCAGAGGUCCACGGAUCAUCUGGUGGAUUGGAUCCGCUAUGAGAAUUCAUUCUAUGUUUUUUGGGUGUUGGAGCAGCUCUCCGCUGAUGCUCAUAAUGAUGUCAGCCUCGAGGUCAUGACACAGCUGGAAAACCGAGCAUUCUGUCUUUCAGACGAGUUUCCCCUCUUCUCUCUGUACAUGUGGCGAAUCGGAGGUCUCUUCAGAAGUGGACGCCCACAGGAGCAUGCACAAGCUCGCAGCCCAUCGUUCCCAGUGGGACAGAAUUUUCCUGAAGCUUAUCUUACAGGAAACCUCUGAAUAUAAACAACAGAGUCUAUAGGCAAAGAUACGGACGGGCAAGCUCAACAUGUUUAAAAACAUGUUAAGGGUUGAUAUAACAUAAAAUCUGUUACUGUAGAAGAGAUACUAUGU